AUGAAUGAAGCUGCCGGGAAACGAGAGGCCAUCUAUCCACUUAGAGCGAUCGAAGUUCCUCAAAGGUGGGAGACGAUCGGCCACUCACUUUGCUUCUCAUGUAGAAAGCCGGUGAACAGAGCAAAAGCCAUGCCUGCCGCAAGUGAGUUCGCCUUGUCCGAGCCUCGUCAGUUUCGGCUUCCAUCAGUUUUCACGGGUCAGUUCUUUUGCAACGUCUCACCCAUCAUCGAGUGGCGCUUUGCUGCAGCCGCUUGUGAUUCGCUUGUGAUUGCUUUUUCGGCCCGCCGGCCCCGAAAGGGUUUCGGCUAG